CUACACUGUAGAAACUGCAAACUUUUUUUAAAACAGUUGUUUGUGAAUCUUUGGUUUAACGCAUGUAAUUUUCUGUUAGCGUAGAACCUGCGAAGCUUUAUGUUUUGAUUGCAAAAUGUUUGGACUAUUAUGGCUAUCGUUAACUGUUAUAGCACUUAUUGGAAAGUGCAAUGCUAUUACGGAUCCCGUAUUUUAUAUAGAGGGCAACGGUUGGGAAAACAAUACACAUGCCGGUUACAUCGGACAUUUUAAAAUCCGUCUAACCGAGGAAAUGCCGAAAUGGUGGAUUGCCCUUGUCUUUCCUGUACCUAUACCUUAUUUUGAGGCUUGGCAAGGCACAGCUUUCAAACAAAGUUUUGAUAUGAAGAUCCAUUAUAUGAAGGAAACCAGAUGGAAUGGUCAUCAAUACCCAGGAAUGGUCAUGGACCAACGAUACAUGGCUGAGUUUCCGAAAGAACGUGGAGUAGAUUACACCGAACACCAUGGUCCCAGACCAGCCAUCGUUUUCCGACACAAGGUCUACAUACCAAGCCAAACUAUAAACGAAGAACAUCCGAUGGUUGUACACGACCUUGCGGACUACAGACCAAAUCUCCCAUCGUACCUUGAACUGCUACCAGUACUUACAAUUACAACACCAGCACCAAGCACCACAUCGCCACGACCAACUCGAGGUGAAAAUAGUGGAAUGUUCUGGUGGGUACGAACAUUGUCACCUCCCUUAACAACUACAACACAGACAACAACAACGACUACCACGACGACAGCACCAACAACAACUACACCCUACAGAGUUGAAAUAUCUUGCCUGGACAGCGUCAGAAUCCGUAGGAGUCGAUGCAUUCACCAGAUAAUAAUUCCGCAGGAUUGCUAUCUCCCACAAUGUUCUGCUUCCAACCCGGACCGGUUUAAUGCAGCCCAAUGCUGGCAGUCAAAGGGCUUCUGCUGGUGCGUGGACCCGUAUAACGGCAUGAGGACAGAGCGCAGAUUUGUUUUCAUCCGUAACGUAAGGACAUUGGGAUGUCUCGCAGGAUUAACAAGUACAGCAUCAACAACAACAACAACGGUGCCAAAUAUAGCACCAACACCACAAUCACCUAGUGCAGCUUUACCACGACCACCAUUCACACCACGAAACAACUACGAUUAUAACUUGGUGAUCCACAAUUCACUUUUGUUCUUUGAAGCUCAACGAUCUGGUGAUAUUGGUUCUAAUAGUAGAAUAAGAUGGAGGUUCCCUGCUCACAUGACAGACGGCUUUGAUUGUGGGGUUGAUUUAUCUGGGGGCUACUAUGUGUCUGGAGAUUACGUGAAAUAUGGUUUUCCAACUGCAUCAGCAAUGACAAUGCUUGCGUGGGGUUACUUGGAGUUCCCUGAUGCUUAUGAUGAAUCCGGAGAAACUCGUUAUUUGAGGGAAGCAUUAAAAUGGGGAACGGAUUAUUUCAUCAAAGCUCAUGUUUCGAGUAAUAAGUUUGUUGGACAGGUUGGACUGUCGGAUUUGGAAAAUUCGUUUUGGUUGCGACCACAAGACAUGACAGUAGAUCGACCUUGCUACAACGUGACUGACAGAAAACCAGGUUCAGAUCUGCUGGCUGAAACGGCCGCUGCCAUGGCUGCUACCGCUAAAGUGUUUAUGGUCAGCGGAAAUUCCAGUAACGAUCCAUAUGUACAGACGUUGCUUCAGCAUGCUCGACAACUUUACGACUUCGCCAAAACAUCCCGAGGAACUUAUUCGCUUUCUAUAAGACCAGCUGCCGAUCAUUAUCCAUCGAAUGCCUACACCGACGAAUUGGUAUGGGCUGCGUUAUGGCUGUAUGAGGCAACAAACGAGCGACGAUUCCUGGCCGAUGCCGGGCGAUUUUACGACGAAUUUGGCUUAAACGAAGCUAAGACCGAGGUGUCAUGGGAUUUAAAGACAACACCAGUUCAGUUACUUUUGACUAAACAUGCUUACCGCUCAGGCGCUACAUCUAGAGCUGAAGAUUACCUGGAUAAAGUUACUCAGUUUUGCGAAUACAGCUUAAACCCUGAAGAAUCUAUCCACACACCGCAAGGACUGUUAUACAUUAACCAAUGGGGUACAACACGCUAUGCUUGCAACGCAGCUUUCGUGUGCCUGGUUGCCUCCAAACUGCCUGCUUUGGAUCAGAACCUAAAACGCACUUACAGAAAAUUUGCAGAAGACCAAAUCGAUUAUGUUUUGGGUAAAACUGGACGAAGUUUUGUGGUUGGACAUGGAAGUAAUUAUCCCACACAACCCCAUCAUAGAGCGAGUUCAUGCUCCAUGGCCGGCAUGUGCGGUUGGACUUCUUAUCACAGCAAUUCAAGCAACCCGCAGCUCUUACAAGGAGCUUUGGUUGGUGGACCUGAUAGCACAGACCAGUUCACGAACGAUCGAUCCGACUAUAGAUCGAACGGUGUUUCUAUUGAUUACAACGCUGGUUUUCAAGGCGCUGUAGCAGGUAUAAGAGGUGUUUUUAAUCAAAAUUAUAGAACUAAUCAUCAAUUUGCUUCUUUGAAUUCGAUUACAUUUUUUUUAAAGGAUAAUUGACGAUAAAACGGCAUU